AUGGAGUCCAUGACGAGGAUCUCGAGCAUGCUGGAGACGGCCCGCGACCUGACUCUCGAAGCCGCCCGCGAUGCCAGCGCCGUCCGCCGAACCUCUACUCGCCCGCUGCCUCCCGACCAGCUCAAGAAGCUCCUCGAUUCGCGCCAUGACCGCGAGGUGCUGGAGGGCCUGCGGCGCGUCAUAUCCAUGGCGUACCACAACCAGCACACGUUGCCCUUCUUCUCCGCCGUGAUCAAGAACAUCGCGUCCCCCAACAUCGAAAUAAAGAAGCUGGUCUACAUCUUCCUUCUACACCAUGCCGAGUCCGAGCCCGACACAGCUCUCCUCUCCAUCAACACCAUCCAGAAGUCUCUCUCCGACUCGAGCCCUCAGGUGCGCGCCCUCGCGCUGCGGGUCAUGUCCGGCAUCCGCGUGCCCGUUAUCAGCCAGAUCGUGUCUCUCGGCAUCAAGAAGGGCGCCGGCGACAUGAGCCCGUACGUGCGCAAGGCCGCCGCUCUCGCCAUCCCCAAGUGCUACCGGCUGGAUCCCAACACCCUGCCGCAGCUGAUCGAGUACCUAUCGACGCUCCUAGGCGACAAGCAGUACUACGUCGCCGGCGCCGCCGUGUCGGCCUUCCUCGAGGUGUGCCCGGAGCGGAUAGACUUGAUUCACCCACACUACAGAGGCCUGAUACGGAAGUUGGUGGACAUGGAUGAAUGGGGGCAAUUAGCUACACUAAGGCUUAUGACUAUCUACGCGCGCAAGUGCUUUCCACGGCGGACGCGGAGGGUCAGGAAAAGCAAUGGAGGCAGCAAGCCCAAACCCACCAAGGGAUUCUACGACGAAUCCAGCGACGAGGAGGAGGAAGAGCCCGUGGAUCCGUCAGAAUUGGAGGAGGUAGUGGUGCUGGAUGCAGACCUGGAAUUCCUCCUCCGCUCGCUGACGCCGCUCCUUCAAUCCCGCAACUCUGCCGUCAUUGUCGCCGUUGCACGCUGCUACCUGCACCUGGGCACCUCAACCUACCUAGACGCCGCCGUCGGUCCGCUCGUAUCUCUUCUCCGCUCGUCACCGGACGUACAGCUGAUCGCGCUGCACAAUGCAGUGCGCGUGUGCAUGGCGCGACCGGAGGCGUUCGUUCGCUACACCUCGCACCUGCUGCUGCGCAGCACCGAUGCGCCCCAAAUAUGGCGGCUGAAGCUCGAGAUGCUUACCUUGAUCUUUCCGCAUGCGCCGCACCAUCUUCAAAGUCUCAUCCUCGCGGAACUCGCGCACUUCACCGGCGGCCAUGACGCAGGGCUGGUGCGCGAAGCCGUCCGCGCGAUAGGACGCUGCGCGCAGCGCACGCAAGAUGCCAAAGUCGCGGCACGCUGCAUGCGGCUACUCCUGUCCCAAAUAUCGUCGCCGGACGCCCGCCUGGUCGCAGAAGCGCUGGAGGUGGUCCGACACCUGAUUCAGCGCGAUCCGGAGGCGCACCGCGGCACCGUAAUCAGGCUGGCCAAGAACCUCGACACGGCCGCCAGCCCGGCGGCGCGCGCCAGCAUCAUCUGGCUGGUCGGCGAGUUCUCAGGCAUGGAUCCGGCCAACAACAUCGCCGCCGACGUGCUGCGCAUCCUGGCCAAAGGCUUCGCCAACGAGGCCGAGGAGAGCAAGCUCCAGAUCCUGCUGCUGGCCGCCAAGGUGUACCUGCAACACCUGCUGCUCAACCCGCCGCCCGCGCCGGCAGAAAAGCCUGCCGACGACGACCAGCAGCCCGCUACUACACCCCUCGCGCUGCCCGAGGAAGAAGGCGGCUUCCGGGAAUACAACGACGCGCUGCCCGCGCAGCCAGAAGAAGACCAAAAACAACAGCAGCAACAAUCCCACCCCAUCCCGCUCCUCUACAACCACAUCCUCCUCCUCACCCGCUACGACACAUCGUACGACCUGCGCGACCGCGCCCGCCUCUACCGCACCCUCCUCGCCGUGCCCUCGUCGACCGAGCUCGCCACCCUCCUCCUCCUCGCCCCCAAGCCCGUCCCGCACGCCCCCUCGCCGUCCGAGUCGCGCGCGAGCUACACCCUCGGCUCCGCGAGCCUCGUCAUCGGCGACGAGGGCGGCGUCGUCGGCACCGGCCUGCGCGGCGGCGAGGCGCUGCUCCCCGACUGGGUGCGCGAGGGCGAGGAGCCCGAUCCGCGGCUCCGCGAGGAGAAGGUCGGCGCGGCGGCCGAGUACAGUGGCGGCUACAGUGGCGAAUCCGUCGUGCCGGCCAAGGUCGUGCCUGCGGGCGAGGCGCUGGAUCGCGCGGUCAAGGAGACGGGUGGGUUUGGGGUUGGAGGGGGGAUUGGGGGAGUGGGGAAGCAGAAUGGAGUCAAGGAGAAGACGCUGGACGAUUGGCUGGCGGAGGAUGAGGAUGAAGACGAGGAAAGUGAAGAAGAGGAAAGUGAAGAGGAUGACGAGAGCGAGGAAGAGGAAACGGAUGAGGAAGAAGAUGACGAUGAAGAAGGCGAGACGGAAGAAGAGACGGAAAGUGAGGACGAGGGGGAAAGAGGGCGAUUGGUGAAAUGA